UGAUCCUUGUGUGUUCUGGACAAGGGGGUGCAUGGGGGAAACAUGGCCGCCGUAGACCCGUCGGAGUCUCCUAAACGACAGAAAUCCCCUGCGGAGGAGGAGGAAACAUCUGGGGGGAAGACCGAGGCGGUGGAGUCGGGAUGCGGCUUUAAUAAGGAAGAUAAAAGGACUCCUAAUAAAACCACAGAGAGCCCCGACGAUGAGCAGAGAGCCAGUGCUGGCAACGACGGCGGUGUUAUUGCCAGCCAUUCCGAGGUUAGUGUCGAGUCCGGUGCUGGAGCCGACACAACGACAUGCAAUUCACCGGACGACCUAACAUCGGCAGAAAAAAUGACCAAGUCUCCUGGCGGCGAGCAGCGGGCUUUCGACUGGUCUGAAGCUGAAGACGACGACGAAGGGGCGAAAACACUCGAGCAGGAAAAUGACAAGUGUGACCACAGUGAUGUGAGAGAGAGUGCUGAGCAGGUGCAGCAGGACACACAUGUUGAUGAAAACAUGACAGCGGAUGCAGAGGAGAUUCACGAGGAGGACGGCUCCAAUGAGAAGAGCACGGAGACGGCGCUGGUUAAGGAGACAGCGCUGGCCAAGGAGCCGGUGGGAGACGUCGACGGGUUAGAGGACGGGGUUGAAGACGACGAAGAGGCGGACCGAGGGCAGGACGCUGACACGACAGCUAAGCCCAAAAAGUGCCGUUUGGUGUGCAAGGAGUGUGGGAAGAGGUUCAACCGCCGCGAGACGUUCAACCUCCACCGCCACUUUCACGCACACGAGGAUGAGCUCACGCCCCUCACCUGUAAAGAGUGCGGCCUUACCUUUCAGCACCGCAGCAGCCUCAUUAAACACAGAAACGAACAUAAAGCGAAGGAGGAGCAGCAGCUUGUUACUCCAAAGAAGGAGGUGCAAACGGAGGAGGAGGAGGAGGAGGAGGAGGAGGGGAGUUUCCAGUGUGCAGAAUGUGAGAGGGUCUUCUCUACAGUGGAUAAGCUGAGGGACCACAACUGCUGCAAUACAGUAGAAAAGCCUUACCACUGCCCACUGUGCCGCCAAGAGUUCCAGUUUAAGGUGUCUGUCACUAAGCACAUGAUGACCCACUCCCAGGAGAGCAACUUCACAUGCCAAGAGUGCAGUCAGACCUUCCCCAACACCAUGGCCCUGCGUCACCACCAGCGAUGUCACACCGCUCUGAAACCCUACGAGUGCCCGGAGUGCGGCAUGGUUUUCAAACACUACUCCGUCAUGGAAGACCACCGGCGCAAGCACACGGACAACACGCGCUCGCACCUGUGCAACAUCUGCGGUAAGACCUUUAAGUAUAGCAGCCUCCUCCAUCAGCAUCAGUAUCUGCACACGGGUCAGAAACCCUUCCGCUGUCCUGAAUGUGGGAAAACAUUUGCCUUUGCUCAGAACAUGAAGGCACACUGCCGCCAGCAUAGACUGCGUGAGACAAACUCCUCCCCCGAGCAGCCCAGCAAGCAGGCCCCGGUGCCCGUACAGGAGGCGGUUAGGGGCCCGGGAAAAGAGAACACAAACCAGAGCGAGGAACCGAAACGCACAUUCAACUGCCCCCUUUGUCCCCAGACCUACGGGGCUCCAGCUAACCUGAGGGCCCACAUGCUUAUUCAUGAGGCAGAGUAUGAGAUGCUGGAGCGAACACCCAGACCCCCCAGUGAGAUUAACAAGGUCUGGGACAAAGGACACACUUGUCCCCACUGCCCGUGUGUUUAUCGUGAUGAAUCCAGUUUAAAUGUACAUCUGUUAAGUCACAAAUCUGCAGCACAAUAUUUAGAAAAGGUGGCAGCACCUCCUAAAAAACAGCUGACUCCGUUAAGCAGUGAUAAUGUGCCGGGGAAAUGGAGGAGUGAAAACAUAAGUAUUAAGUCAUAUAAAUGUUCUGAGUGCGGAAAAACGUUCCGCCACCGCUCAGUGUUAGAGCUGCAUAUGCGCAUACAUUCCAAGGACAAGCCUUACCAGUGCAAAGUGUGCGGCAAGGGCUUUAGAUUCAGUAGCUAUUUACAACAACAUCUCAUCAUCCAUACAGGCAAGAAGCCAUACAAAUGUCCCGACUGCGGGAAAGACUUUGCCUUCCUGCAGAACAUGAGAACACAUCAAAAGCUGCAUCAGGAAAAACCGUUCCGCUGCACCAGCUGCCGCAAAGGUUACAGCGACGAGACCCAACUGCAGCACCAUAUGUUAUCACAUAAUGGUGACAAACCUCACAAGUGUGACCUUUGUGACAAGAGCUUUGGAUUAGCCUAUCUGCUCCGCGAUCACAUGAACACACACACAGGAGAGAGACCUCAUCGCUGCGACGAGUGUCACAAAACCUUUUCCUGGUUUAGCAGCCUGCUAGUACACCAGAAGAUCCAUGCUCGCAAGCGCCAGAGUUUCAGCCAGUAUAAUUCUUUCCCAAUGGGUGCUAGGAUGAGAGGCAGGGGUAGCCGGGGGAGGAGAGGGGGGAGGCCCAUGUGGGGCUGGUCUAGACCGUUAGGAGGCUCAGGGACGGUUAGCUCUCAGCUGUCUCCAUAUCCAGUUUCGGCACUGAGAGAUGCCGAGUUGCACAGAAGGGCAGUCCAACCGCAGUCUUCCAUGCUCUCAUCUCGCAUGGAUUUACAAGGCAGACAGCAGAAGGAGCCGUGGCUGCCGGAGCUACACCCUCAACCAGUGCAGUGGAAGGUGGACGGCGGGGAGGUAAUGCCCGUCCCGUCGUCACAGCAGCAACACGCACAGCAGACGCCGUUUGACAGCCCACCGCAGCCAGGCCUACAGCAGCACCACAUGAGGAGUCCAGGCUGGGCAGAAAGCCCUUCAAUAACUCCGUCAGGCCCCACAUCUGCUCAGAAUUCAGAGUCAUCACACAUGAAAGAGAGUGCAGCUGCUAUGGUCAGCUCCCACCUGGCAGCUGUGCCCAAAAAAUCCAGCCCAUCAGCAGUGAGUGAGAUGGAGCAGCUGAGGCAGCCCAAGCCAGUCACGUGGAGCAGCACACCCACGUCCACGGUGCUCGCUUCCACAAGCUCUUUGCCACAUGAUUUUCCCGUUCCGUCCUACAUAGAUGGGGCAGCUCUGUGGAGUGUCAGACCUGCUCCGCUGGCAAAUUCACAGGGCUCUCCAAACAAGCUUGGCCAAGAGCUUCAGCUGCCAAGAUGGCCAGGUGCCCCGGUGUCAACACAAAAGGAGCCAUCCAUACCUCCUAAAAAAGAGGACGCUAGAGUGUGGGACAUGAGUAGUCCUCAAGUUAUACCGUCGACUGUUAGCCAGCCAGAGAAGCCAUGGAACAGCUGUGAGCUGCAAAAGCAGUGGGCUUCUGGCUUAGUAGGUGCAUCCACCUCAGCUCAAAUAGACCAAAGCAGUGCUAUGCCAAUUUCAACUCCUGUUUCUCACGGGGUCGGUAGCACCUUGUGGGACAUACAAACACCACCAGGAAUUCCAAAGACUAUAAACUCCCCUGAGAAAUUAGUAAAUAGUCAAGAUUUUCAGCUGCAGCAAAAGCAGGUGUCAUCUGGCUGGGCCAAUGUACAGAGUCAGACAGCGACACAGAAGGUUCCCAUCUCCAUUCAAUACGAGCCUCACCGUUUUGGCCAGGGGAUGGGAACGCCUGUAUGGGGCUUCCAAAGUAAUCCUGUGGGACCACAAACACUGCUCACUGGGCAACUCAAACCAGGGAAUGGACAGGAGCUGCAGCAGCAACCAAUGGUAACAGGCACUCAAAUAAUCAUAAAUCAGCCUUCUCCUUUUUUCUCACCUCCACUUGCUCCGCUCCCUCCUCUGGCUUUGCCAGGCCCUCACCCUCUUCACUCUGUCACAGUUGGUGCACUCUCAAGACCUCCACACCCAAAUAUUUUUUUCACACCACAGGCAGUCAUGAGCGAGAGGCCACACAUGCCACAGACCCUGCCCCUACCUCAGCUUGCCCCACGGACAGAACCUCACAAACUCGGAUCCCGUUUGCCUUUUGCUCCAGAACGACUUCUCCAGUGCAUGAUAUGCGGGUGCUCUCUUCCUCGGGAGUUGGAUCUACAAAUGCAUUACUUGCAACAUGCCCAAGGAGAGAUUUGACAUUUGACUACACUAGCAGACUUAGUUAUGUUUUUUUUAUAUGUUUUUUUUUUUUCUCAGUGGAGCCUCAUUUAUUUGACCCUCAGUUGUGAAGUUUGACAGUUGCAGUUGAGUGGAUGGGCAUUAGAAACAAAAAGAUAAAAGUGAAACUGGAUUUAGUCAAGCACAGUCUUUCAGCUUCAAAUUAGACUCCACAGACUGUUCUAAUAUAGAGUGUAUACAUGUGCCAUUAAAUUACUUUCACUGUCUUUUUUAAUGCAUUUAAAUGAUCCAAAUACUUAACCUGUUUAAACAACUUCUGAGGGGCGCAGGUUAAUGAGGCUCUACAGCCUACAUUUCAUUUAUUGCCAAUGACCUUUAGAUUUAGAUAAUAUUAGUACUUUUAUAGUUCUGUUCAUACGUCCUGAACCAUUUGAACUGUGUUUCUUCAUGUACAGUAUACUGUGUGCCUUUUAUGAGUACAGUCUGCAUGUCUGCUGUCUUGGUAUUCUAGGCCUAGUUUGUGCUUAAGGUAGACUCAACAAUGUGACCUCACUCCCAAAACACACAGAGCAACUCUUUCUAAGAUACUGUAAAGAAAUGUAUGUUUUUGCUUUUGAAGAGGGGAGGGGUGGGUCGUUGGGCUCACAGAAUACGUGCGUCAGAACAUACAAUGCAAAGCUGACUGCAUACAGUACAACCCUGUUAGGAAGCACUUGUAUUCACAGCGCCAUUGACUGGAUCCAAAUAUCUCUUGAAUAAGGUUCACAUUGUGAUCAUUUGGUCAAAGCAAACGUAUCUGUAAACAAAAGGUGACGGUUACAUGUAACAGUAAUUUCACAUUAAGAGUUUUCUGUAAAUUUGACUCUUGAGUGGUUAUUGGGAACAGAGAGAAAGCAGUGUCAUUACACAAUUAUUAAUGGCACUGUUAUCAAAUUUGUAAUAAAUUAAACUUGGGUUUAUGUGAUGUUUUGUCAAUCAUUUUUACAAUGGCAAGACGAACAUGAAACCGAUUAUAUAAAGUGGAUGUUUUGCUUCAAACGGUCCAGUAAAAUUCAGCACAUUUCUGGCAAUGUGUCAUGACUGAUAUACUUGACAAUUAAAUUUUAAACAGAUUUCUGGGUGGCAGUAGCACCUACGGUAAACUAAUGAGUGCCAUGAAAUGUGUAUCUUGUACCAGAAUGACUAUUUCAGAUUGGAAUGUACCCAUGUUUAUAAAAUUAAGUCCACUUUUGACAAUUUAAUGUAUUUUUUGUGAAUACUGAAUGACUUCAUUCCAUAAAUAGAUUUAGCUGGGUACAGAAUCCCAUUUCCUCUGUUAUGAUAACGGGCAUUUGAGUAGCUUUGGUGGCCCAAUACUGUAAGUGACUGAGAAAUCUUCAUUACUACUGUAAAAUAAACACAGUCCAUUUGUAAAAAAAAAUAAAAAUAAAAAUGUCCCUGUGCGUCUUAACAUUCAGCGUCUUAAGAUUCAAAAACAUGUGCCCUUCUACCUCUAUCCACUGUUUUAGCAUGGAAAGAAAUAGAAAUUUCCCAUGAUGUCUACAUAUUGGAUUAAAUAAAACUUGCC